UUACAUAUUCUAUAAAGGCAAUGUGAAGUUGAUUGCUGAAAUUGCAAUUUCUUAUUUAGCACAUGCGACAUGCGUAUUGAACUCGAGCAAUCCCACCAGCGGUGACAAAAGUAUCUUUCCUCGUCAUCCUAUCCUGGGAAAAGGGGUGACUUUGAAGAGGAUUCUCAGAGCGUUUUCGACGCCAUUGCUGCCAUUUUCUUGAUCCCUUUGACUGGGUGCUUCAGGGAAAAUGGAGAUCGUCGGCAUAGAUUUCGGUUGCGCAUUUGGGUCUCUGCGGGACGGCAGAAUCCCCGACACCGAUGACUGUCUGCUUCCGCUGCUGUCGAAGCUCCUUGGCUACUGGGUCGUCGCCACCUCCGCCACCGUCAAAGUCCCCCAGAUUAUGAAAAUCUUGAAGAAUAGGAGUGUGGCGGGGCUCAGUAUGCUAGCAUUCGAGCUCGAUGUAGUUGGUUAUACUAUUGCUCUAUCUUACUGUCUCCACAAAGGGCUCCCCUUUUCAGCUUACGGCGAAUUGGCAUUUCUUCUACUCCAAUCUAUAAUAUUGGUUGCUGUGAUAUACUACUACUCACAACCUGUUGGGACGAAGACAUGGAUUAAACCACUGAUAUACUGUGCAAUAGCACCGACCAUUUUAGCUGGAAAAGUUGAUCCUUUCCUUUUUGAAGCUCUAUAUGCAUGUCAGCAUGCUAUAUUUUUCUUUGCCAGGGUUCCACAAAUAUGGAAGAACUUCAGGAACAAAAGCACAGGGCAGCUCAGCUUUCUGACGACUUUGAUGAACUUUGGAGGAUCAGUAGCAAGAGUCUUUACCAGCAUCCAGGUUAAAGCGCCUACUAGCAUUGUUUUGGGAUCACUGAGAGCUACUUUGACAAAUGCUACAAUCCUCGGUCAGAUUAUUAUCUACAGCAAGUGGCAACCUGGUAAGGAGAAGAAGACAAAGUAAAAUUAGUCUCACAGUUUUUCACAGGACACAGAUGAUAUCUCUACUCUAGUGCAUGGUCUCAAGUCGUAAACAAGGCGACUACUCUUCAACUAGGGAGUGAGAUCAUUAUUUCAAGGUUUGCCUUGUUUGGUUGCCCGAGUGGCAGAGUUUGAUGUGUGUAACCGAACUUUGCCACACAGUUAAAUGCAUUAGUAAUAUUGUAUGUUGCAUCAAAUUGUCUGAUGACUAUUGUACUUGAUAAUCGGUCUAUAUAUGAGAAACGACGAUGACUAUUGUCUGUAUUA